GCGGCCGAGUUGUGAAACGCUGCCCGUAGCUUCCAGUCCACAAACUGAAAAAGCACUUAAGCCGAGGGCGCGAUGAGAAGACAGACGGCGUGAAACACUCAGAUCAAUGGCCGAAACCACCGACGACGUUUUUGCCCAAGACGGAAUGCACUCAAUGGGCUCGAUGCACUCGGAACACAACUGGGGCGCCCAGGGAAUAUUCAGCAGCAUCUCAUCGGAGGCGAGCGACGAGGUGGCCGAGGACAGUAUGGCCAACGACUACCUGUCGGCGCGGCUGGACGAAGAGACACGCCAGCGAAGACCGUCAAGAGCGCCCAUCGAGGUCAGCGGCAGGGAUGGCGUGUGGUCAGCCAACGAGGUGGCGCGCGAGCUGCGAGCCCUGGCCGAGGGACUGUGGGACCUGGCCAGCCGCGGCGAGGAGAAGAAGUUGGUCGACAUGGUGAUGACCGAGGGCAUCAACUCACCGGUGGCCAACACCACCCUGCUGAUAGCCGCCUGGCACGGCCUCACCGGCCUCACGCACAAGCUGCUGGCCGAGGGCGCAUCCUCAAAUACGUGCGACCCCAAAGGAAGAACGCCCCUUCAUCUCGCCUGUUGUGCCGGAGCCGACGACUGCGUGGCCCUUUUGAUAAAAUUUGGAGCUGAUGUGUCCUCUUGGGAUAGCUGCCACAAAAGUACCCCUCUUCAUUGUGCUGCCGGCGCCGCUAGCCCAGCGAGUGUCAAGCUAUUGCUAAACGCAGGUGCCAGUCCCAACACUGGACUUUCUGGACACAAUGCAAGCCGGAGUGCCCUUCACCUCGCAGUGCAGGCCGCAAGUCCUGAUUGUGUCAGACUUCUGCUUGACGCUGGAGCAGCUCCGAAUACCACUCAGCUAUUCACAGAAACACCACUGCACUUGGCAGCUGCAUUAGGGGCUGCAGACUGUAUGAGACUGCUUCUUCAAUGCGGAGCCGACGUGAGGGUUCAGGUGGGUCAGGAAAGAGCGACCUCUCUUCACCUUGCAGCCGAGGAUGGCAAUGCAGACUGUGCUCGCAUGCUGUUGGACGCUGGUGCUAGCCCUCAGGCUCGCAACGCCCGCGGUCAAACGCCCGCACACCUUGCGGCCCUCGCGCAGUCAGCAGAAACGCUGGAGCUACUCCUUCAGCGGGGCGCCGAUCCCAACAGCGUUGACACCGGCGGCAGGACGCCGCUGCACAGUGCCAUAGUCAAAGGGUCACGUUCGUGCGAGUGCGUCCGCCUGCUGGUCGAGCAUGGCGCCGACGUCAACCGGCCAGAUGCUUUUGGCUAUACUCCACUGCACAUUGCGGCCCUCAGCGAAUUUUCUUCCUGCGUAGAGCUACUCAUCAGGCACGGAGGGCACGUGACUGCCAGGACAAAAGGAGGAGUAUCUGCCCUAAGCUUCAUGGUGAGGAGAACUCCAGAUGCCUUGCAAAGAUUUGUGGACCGACUUGACGCCAGCAUCUCGCUGCACGAACACGAGCUUGGCGACGUAGAUUGCACCCUGAAGCUGGAUUUCCGUGUUUUAGUGCCUAGGACUUGUCACGGGGAAGCAGAGUUGUUGCUCUCUUUUGUUGAGUCGGGUCAAAGACACCUGUUGCAGCACCCGCUGUGCCAAACCUUUCUAUUUUUGAAGUGGAAGCACAUCAGAAAGUUCUUCCUUAUCAGCCUGCUUUUCCACGCUCUCUUCGUGGCUCUGCACACGAGUUUUGUGAUGGCCGUUUAUCUCGAGGCACCAACAACAAACUCUACUGGAGCUGACUUGGGACGGGAAGUAGCCAACCUAAAUCUCAGUGACCUGCCCCUGUACGUUACUUUUCUUGGUUAUGGCCUUUUGUCGAUGAACAUACUGCUUGUGCUGAAGGAAAUCUUCCAAAUGGCCCAUGCGAAGUUCCACUACAUGCGUCGAUGGGAAAACUGGCUGCAGUGGCUGAUCAUUGCCACUGUGUUUGCGUGCGUGGAGGCGCUUUGGCUGGACAGGCCCAGACUGACUGCUUCUUGGCAGCACCACAUAGCAGCUCUCGGAAUUUUCUUCACGUGGCUAGAGCUAAUGAUGUUGGUUGGGCGAUUUCCCAUGUUCGGGCUCUAUAUCCAGAUGCUCACCACCGUGGCCGCAAACUUUGUCAAGUUUUUACUGGCUUAUAGCUGUCUUCUGAUUGCAUUUGCCUUGAGUUUCACCCUCCUAUUUCGAGGGUAUCCAUCAUUCAAGACUGUGCCUCUUGGAUUACUGAAGACGGUGGUAAUGAUGGUCGGAGAGUUUGAGUACGAAGACAUGUUCUUCAGUAAAGAGCAUCCGGUCAUUUACGAAGGGACGUUACACUUGCUUUUCUUCAUUUUCGUCGUUUUGACAACAGUUGUGCUCAUGAAUCUGCUAGUAGGCUUGGCAGUGAGCGACAUUCAGGGAUUGCAGAGGUCAGCCGGCCUGGACCGUCUUGUCCGACAAGCAGAACUGGUCUCACACAUUGAAUCUCUCCUAUUCUCAAAACUACUGAAGUUUAUCCCGGAUGGAAUUUUGACUUUCUGCCACCAGAACGCCCUUCUCGUGGCCUCAAACUACAGGUGGGCAUUCUACAUUCGCCCGAAUGACCCACGGGAAGCCCGCAUUCCAAAAGACCUGAUUGAAGCCUGCUACCGUCUUGUAGCAACACGGAGUCCUCGAAAAAGAAAUAAAGACACCAUGUUGAGGAACAACAGAAACGUCUCCCAGUACAGCACAGCGUCUGCACAACAUUCUAGAAUAGACACUCACUUGCUUGAGCAAAUUCAAAACCAACUAGGAAUACUAAUGCACAAAUCAGAACAAAGUAUUUCUGCUGAGAGCAGUUUGUCUCAAAGAAUAACCAAUCUUGCAGGUCAAAUAGAAUGUUUGAGACAAGAACUGGUUGCUAAUGCUAGAAGGCAGUCAUUGAUCCCUAAUAAUUCAAAUGGUAAUGUCAUGCCUGAUUUAAGUUCUUCCGUGUAAUUUUCUCAAUGCAAUAAAAUUUUUAA